ACCUCCUGUAGUGUUCCUCAAUCUGUGCAUUUUAUUUAGUUUUAUUAUUAUUUCAUCCCAGCCAUCUUCAUUAACCUCGUCCCCAUAUCUUUUUAUUGAGCUGGCUGAACUUGAACAGUUAUGUCCCUUACUCCCAUUGGCUGAUAUAAUAACCCUUUUUAUCUGUGGACACAGACUUGUCAAACACAGCUGUUACUAUUAAGAUGAAUUAUGGCUGCAUUGGUUUUAGUUUGGAUGAAAUGCAGACUUCAUCAAUGUUUAUUAGUGACACCUGGGAUUUUAUGGCAAGUGAAAUGCUGUGUCUAAAAUAACUCCUUAUUUGCAACAUUUUAUUUAAGUGUCAUAAGUUGCAAUGUGAAGUGACACUACACCUGUCAGUCAUGGGACACAAAUGGUAGUGAAAUCUCAAUUUGUUACUUAUUAUAGGCUGAAUUAUUGUGUGUUUAUCAUGCAGGGAAUGAGUGAAAGAGGGAGUUAUUUCAGACAGAGCCAUAGUGUCCACAAUUAGAGAUCUUUUUUCCUUAACAAACUGCUCUUACCCACUUGUUAUCCUAUACCUGCAUAUUUCCUCUAACCACACUAUUUUUGCAAGCUACAAGUUCCCUUUACUUGUAUUUUUUCCACAUUUCUAUCAAAAAAUUAUCUACUGUAGAUCUUUUCCUGAUUCAUCUUCUUUCGCCAUUUUUAUCCGAUACGUACUCUUAUCCCCUUUUAUCUCCCACCCAUUUCCUUGUCUCACCUUUCCUUCUUACACCUCUCCAUUUUUGUUUUCAAAUUUGUAUUUUGUUUGUAAAGAUGGUGAGCAUUUUUAUUUACGUGCAGUCAUUUUACUUUUUUGUGCCUCCCAUCUAUUUUGAUUUUAUAGUAUUUUCAACUCCCUCCUACCCUUUCAUUUUUCUUUCUUUCUUGUCUUACCUGUAUUUCCUCCCUCCUUUAUUCCUCCCCCUCUUUCCCACUCCACCCCCUUGUUUUCUCUGUUUCCCUCUGACAGACAGCUGUGACAGCGACCUUGAACUCUCCAUGGUGCGUCACCAACCUGAGGGCCUCGACCAGCUCCAAGCCCAGACACAGUUCACCAGGAAGGAGCUUCAGUCUCUUUACAGAGGCUUCAAAAAUGAAUGUCCCAGUGGGCUUGUGGAUGAGGAAACUUUUAAGACCAUUUACUCACAGUUCUUCCCUCAAGGAGACGCAACCACGUAUGCACAUUUCUUGUUCAACGCGUUUGAUAUGGACAGAAGUGGCUCCAUCCGGUUUGAGGACUUUGUGAUAGGAUUGUCUGUGUUGCUCAGAGGCUCCGUUACAGAGAAACUGCGAUGGGCGUUCAACCUGUAUGACAUCAACAAAGACGGUUACGUUACUAAAGAGGAAAUGAUGGCAAUAAUGACCUCCAUUUAUGACAUGAUGGGUAGGUAUACCUUACCCAGCGUACGAGACGAUUCCCCCUUUGAGCAUGUGGAGAGAUUCUUCCAGAAAAUGGAUCGGAACAGGGAUGGAGUAGUGACUAUUGAUGAAUUCAUAGAAACCUGCCAAAAGGAUGAAAAUAUAAUGGCUUCUAUGCAGCUCUUUGAGAAUGUCAUCUAGUCUCUGUAGAAGUACAUGGAUACGUACUGCUGCAUAGUGCACAGCUGCAAGCUUCCAGGCCUGAAAUAACUUCAAUCAUCCUGAAAAGGGAAAACUGGGUCAUGCAACACAUUUGACACAUUCGAAUACAAACUGGCAAACACUUUAAUUUUUACUGUAAAGCUGUGCUAUGCAGAGAAAUGUGCAGAACUCACUAAAUCACACAAAGAAGAAAUGUUUCUUUGCAUGACAGUUUUAAUUUUGCACAUGAAGGAAAUGUGAAAAACUUCAUCAUUGCCAGAUGAGCAUGAGUGCUUGCCCAACAGUUAAAAGCAUGUGAUGCAAACCACAUUGAACACAUCUAGGUUUUAUUGUUGACCACUUUGAAACUUGGGCAAAUGAGAGACUUUGUUACUGUAUUAUACUGUAAAGAAAAUAAUUAUGUUUCUAAGUUCUUCAAGUUUUUAUGUAAACGUGAUACCCAGUCAUUGUCAUGUUGACCUAAAACCUGCUGAAAUAUAUAAACCUUCACGUCUGAAGUAAAAGUAUAACAUGUUAUAACAUUUA